UCGUCUGUGCCACGCCAGACCGUGUGCCCUGUAUCUCCCUUAUCACUUUGUUCCUUUCGUCAUAUGAGGGAGCCUGCCGGCGCGCCCUGAGCUGGCGAUCGACAAACGCGUUUGCGACCUGCCGAUACUCCAGUGCCGUGUUGAGCCGUUUCCCCCUCCCAUUCACUCUUUCCUCCAACACACAAAAUUUCCCCAGCACACAAAAUUUCCUCCAACACAAAAAAGCACCUGCUGCUGAUUGCAUUGUGCUGAUGGGUUUCUCGACGCCGGCUCAGUCCCCUGGCCAGCAGUAUGCGCUCGCGGCUGUGCUGUCACUGCUGCCGACACUCUUCACGGCGCUGCGAUUCUAUGCUCGGAGGCUGAAGAAGAACGCCCUGCUGUGGGACGAUUGGCUGAUCGUGGUGGCGCUGUUCUUCACUUACCUUACAGGCGUGUUCAUGGUUAUAGGUACGGCUUUGGGGAAUCAGGGCCAGCAUAUGAAGUUCGAUGAUCAUGGUCGUCCUGUUUUCGAUGAUCCAAGGUAUAUCUGGUUCUUGAAGAUGCUCUGGGCAGGGCAGCUCAGUCAAAUUUUUGCUAUCGGCCCCACAAAGAUCUCCGUCUUGCUAUUCUACAACAGAAUAUUUCGAGGCCGCACCUUCAACAUCAUCAACUGGGCACUCAUCGCCCUUGUUUCGAUAUGGAUGAUUGGUUACUUCUUUGCGAACCUGCUCGAGUGUGUCCCGAUUUCGCAUUCCUUUAUCAAUGCGCCGGGCAUAAACCUCGACCGCAAACACUGUAUCGAUGCCGUCCCGAUGUACUUGUCGCAAGUCUAUUCGGAUCUAGUCCUUGAUGCUCUGAUUCUGAUAGUGCCUCUUCCUCUAAUAUGGAAGCUGCAUCUACCAGUGAAGCAGAAGAUAGCAGUGUGCUGCAUCUUCCUGCUAGGAAUCAUGGCUGUAGCAGCAAGCUGCGCCAAGAUGAUCAUCUUCAACUUCGUCGGCCACCAACUCGAGCUCGAGCCCGACGUAUCCUACUUCCUCACUCCUAUAGUUUACUGGCCAAUGAUCCAAGCCGCACUUCAGAUCAUCGGCGCAUGCUUACCAAUGCUGCGCCCGCUCAUCCCGAGCGUCCAAGGAUCCGAGUCUGGCAGUAGUGGACGAAAUCGGUCUGGAUACAUCAUCAGCGAUGAUAGCAGUAGGAAGAUUCCUUCGUCUCACGAAGGGAUGUACUCAUCGACGUCUUCGUAUGGGAUGUAAGAACAAGGUCUCGAAAACUGUAUCAAGGUGCUCAAGCUAAUGUUCGAGUCAUAGGGAUACUAUAGUGCAAAGAACGAGUAUAGAGCAUCUACCAUUGAAGACGUGGGAGGCUCUGAACACGGUGCCGUCGAAGGGAAUCCUGGUGGAGAGGGCAUUUGAAACGCGGUCUAAUGGUGACGAGGAAAGUGUGCAUCGGGCAUGAGAAUCA